AAAAAAAAAAAAAAAAGAACAUGGGCUUUUUAAGUCCAGCAUGUGUCCUUUUCUGCUUUUUUGGAGUCAAAGUAUACUGCCAAUAUGAAAAUUAUCAAUGGGAUGAAGAUUAUGAUCAAGAGCCAGAUGAUGUCUACCAACCAGAAUUUCAAUUUCAUCAGAAUGAGGACUAUCAAGUUCCUUUUCAUCAGUACAUGUUAGGCUGUGCCACUGAAUGCUUCUGCCCACCCAACUUUCCAUCAUCAAUGUACUGUGACAAUCGCAAACUCAAGACUAUCCCGCGUGUUCCAGCUCACAUACAGCAAGUCUAUCUUCAGUUCAACGAAAUUGAGGCUGUGACUGCAGAUUCAUUCAUCAAUGCAACUUAUCUUAAAGAAAUCAAUCUCAGCCACAAUAAGAUUACAUCUCAAAAGAUUGAUUAUGGUGUGUUUGCUAAGUUGUCAAAUCUACUACAACUUCAUCUACAGCAUAACAACUUAGAAGAAUUUCCAUUUCCUCUUCCCAAGUCUUUGGAAAGACUUCUUCUUGGCUACAAUGAGAUCUCCAGAUUGCAGACAAAUGCCAUGGACGGGCUAGUAAACUUGACAAUGCUUGAUCUCUGUUAUAAUCAUCUUGAAGAUUCCAUGUUACAAGAAAACAUACUUGCUAAAAUGAAAAAAUUAAUGCAGCUCAACUUAUGUAAUAACAGAUUAGAAUCCAUGCCUCCUGGUCUGCCUUCUUCACUUAUGUACCUGUCUUUAGAAAAUAACUCAAUUUCUUCCAUACCAGAAAAUUACUUCAGUGAACUUCCAAAACUUAAUGCUCUACGAAUGUCACACAACAAACUACAAGACAUCCCAUAUAAUAUUUUUAAUCUUUCCAACCUUAUAGAGCUCAAUGUUGGACACAACAAACUGAAACAAGCAUUCUAUAUUCCAAGGAAUUUACAACACCUAUACCUAGAAAAUAACGAAAUUGAACAUAUCAAUGUUACAGUGAUGUGUCCAUCUAUUGACCCACUACAUUACCACCAUUUAACAUACAUUCGUAUGGACCAAAAUAAACUAAAAGAGCCAAUAAGCUCAUACAUUUCCCUCUGCUUCCCUCUUCUACACACUAUUUAUUAUGGUGAGCAAAGAAGCACUGAUGGUCAAACAAUACAGCUGAAGACCCAAGUUUUCAGGAGAUUUCAAGGUGAUGCAGAUAGUGAAGAACGUGAUGAUCAACAAGAAGGUCCAGAACAAGAAGAAACAGAAGAAAACAUUGACCCUCACUAUUAUGGAAGUUAAGAAUGACAAGAAACUAUAAGUAUACAUUUAUGAUUUUAUACAUUAUUCAAUAUAAACUUAACUAAACAUGGAUAGCUUACAAUAAUAUCUAGAAUCAUGUAUUAGUAUAAGAUCAGACUGAAUUUAAGUUCUUGGUAACAUCUGCAUCAUUACAUAAGGUUCAAACCUACUUAAAAUGAUACAAGUCUUCAGAAAUAUAAAUCAGAAUGACAAGUGGGAAUAAAAACUCAACUUUAGGGGUGCCAGGGUGGCUCAGUAGGUUGAGCGUCCAACUCUUGAUUUUGGCUCAGGUCAUGAUCUCAUGGUUCCUGAGACUGAGCCCUGCCUGCAUCAGGCUCUGCACUGACAGCCUGGAGCCUGCUUGGGAUUCAUAUUCUCUCUCUCUCUCUCUCUCUCUCUCUCUCCCUCUCCCUCUCCCUCUCCCUCUCCCUCCCUCCCUCCCGUGCUUACGCACACAAUCUCUCUCCUCAAAAUACAUAAAAUAAAAUGUAAAAAAAAAAAACCCUAACUUUCAACAUAACAGUAUUAUCAAGCUGAGAACAAAGUAUGCCAUCUCAAGUAAAAGUAACUGUUCUAAGAGUGAUGAAAACAAUAGCAUUAGAAGCUGAGAACUACAGGCCCUCUGCUUUGAAUCACUAGGAGGACAGUGUUGAGACUCCCCAAGUGACAUUCAUGUAAUGGGCAGCCAUUCAUUUAGGAGUAAGUUGUUUUCUUCAACCUGGCCUCCAGAAAAACUUUCACACUUGUGUGUGAAAUCUUACCACCAGGAUAUCCAUCUCUUUGGCCCUACCAUUUAGAGCAACAGAGGAUACUUCUGGUUUUCAAAAGAAGCCAUUCUACUAAGGAUCUAAGACGCGUAGUUUCAUGAAAUCAACUGGUCUUUGUUUUCUCUCAGAGCACCAAGGCAACAAAAUCUGCACUUGGAUAACUAAAAACCACCAAAUUAUCUCAUCACAAUCCAUAUUUUAGCAGAUUUCAGCAACUGUCCAAAACAAUGUCUUCCAUUUUAACUGGGAUAAAUUUUUUUUUUAAUGUUUAUUAUUUUUGAGAGACAGAGACAGAGAGUCAGAGAAAGAGUGAGAGAGCGAGAGAGAGAGCGAGAGAGAGGGAGAGAAUGAGUGGGGGAGGGGCAGAGAGAGAGGGAGGCACAGAAUCUGAAGCAGACUCCAGGCUCUGAGCUGUCAGCACAGAGACCGAUGUGGGGCUCGAACCCACGAACUGCAAGAUCAUGACCUGAGCCGAAGUUGGACACUGAAUCGAAUGAACCACCCAGGUGCCCCAAGAUAAAUGGUUUUAUAGUAAACUCACUACAGAAAGUCUUUUUGUGUUGUAGUUACAUAAAGAAUUGCUAAUAAAUAACUGCUUUGCUCAAAAGGUUAAUUUAGCACACAACAAUAUGCCAGCAUUAUUAAAACACAUCUUCCUAGCAUGAUAUAUUAGAAAUAUAUAUGUGUAUCAGCCAACAUUUACUUAAUUAGCACUAAAUUUGAAUAGAGUUCCUUUAAAAUUUGGACAAGUUUGAUGUCUUCUUUAAAACCUUAGAAGCAUCUACUAUAUAUUCUUUUAUUUUGAAGUAUCUUAAGUAUGCCUUAUAAUGAAGAUGAUGGAGCUUCUGUGAUGACCUUUCUCGAUUUACCAGGCUAACAUUUCACAGAGUUCCUCAGAUGAAGAAUAAAUACAGAUGGGAGCUACCUAUGCAGGGACCCCAAAGAAUAAACGGUAACAAUAUGGACAACAGGCAAGCAUCAGACAAAACUAUUUUAGGAGUUUUCAAGUGGUGAGUCUUGGAGAUAAAGUGUAAAAGGAAGCCCCUAAUGCUCUUUAUUUCAUUGGGUAGGUUAUCAGCAUUUAGCAGAAACAGAACACCCACCUGUCCGUAAGGACAGGCUCAACAAUUCAGAAUGAACACAAAAAACAGUCCAAUGAACAUUCAUGAGGUCAUUUGGUUCACAGAGUUUGCAAUGAAGGCACAAGACAGAAAGUACAUGUGCAUCUGUGACACCACAAGAUACAAGUAUGAGGGUAACAGAGCAAAAUGCUAAUAAUACGGACAAAGCACACUUUCAACAGAGGUAAAAAAAAAAAAAAUUUAGGGACCACCUCCCCCUUUAUUGAAACUUUAAAAAAUAGGCUCAUAAAUUUAAAUAUUUAUUAUGAGCGAAUAUUGGAAAGUACUAUGGGUGUUUCAGGAGAUAAAAAUGAUAUAAAUAUUUCUAACCUAAAACAAUUUAAAAUUUUAUGAGAAGCCAUCGAGGAAAUGAAAACGAAAACUACAAUGAGAGACCCUUUCACAUUCCCUGGGACGGCUAGAAUCAAAAAGACAGACAAGUAACAGAUGGUAUUAGCAAGGAGGUAGGGAAAGUAGCCUUUCCCACACUGCUGGUGGGGAUGUCGAAUGGUACGGCUGCUCAGGGGAUUUUUCAAAAAAUUAGACUCACUUACGUAGCAAUUCCACUCCAAGACAUAGAUUCAAGAGAAAUGAACACACAUGUUGGCACAGAACACAGAAACAUUUGGAAACAAAUGUUGGUAGCAGCACUAUCCAUGAAUAGUGAAAAAGUGGAAAGCACCCAAAUGUCCAUCAGAUGAUGAAUGGAUAAAUAAAAUGUGGUCCAUCCAUACGGUGGAAUAUUAUUCAGCCAAGAGAAGAAGUACUGAUACAUCAUGCUGUGACAUAUAUGAACCACGAAAACACCAUGCUGAGUGAAAACUCCGUCACAUAAGACUGUAUACUGCCUGAUCCCAUUUGUAUGAAGUAUCCAGAGGGGCAGAUCUAUAGACACAGAAAGACCACAGAGUGCCUGGGGCUGGGGCGAGGGCAAGAGCGGGCAAGCGGGGAGUAACUGUUAAUGAGCAGAGGGUAUGUUUCUGGGGUGAUGAAAAUGUUCUAAAAUUGACUGUGGUGAUGGUUGUACAAGUCUAAAGAUACUAAAAAUUACUGAAUCACAGAUUUUAAAAGGGUGAACUGUAUGGGAUGUGAAUUGCCUCAAUAAAGCUGUUAAAAACUAUAACAAAGAAAGAUCAACUCAUUCCAACACAAGGAAGGAAGAAAGAAAACGCUAACGUGGCAGUAGCAAAUAAAGAUGAUGUGAGCACAGAUGUCCCAACUAUUUCUGGCCAGGACUUGGAGAAGUAGCUCAAAUUUCAAGAAGAGGUGGGACUGUGAUGUGUGAGCAGGAACUUAUGGCCAGGAGUGGGAGGAACAAGCUCCUGAGGUGAGAUGAAUAUAAGUAUGUGGCAAUUACUUCCUUCACCUCUUGCACUGCUUAAAAACAAAAUGAAAUAAAACGUUCCGGUUUUCAGAAUU